AUGGAGUGGUCGUCCUCUCACACGUAUGUGCCCAUCCCUGUCUUCCCGGACUACGCUCACCGACUCAAGGACCCAAACCUCCAAAGAUGCUACGGCGUAAAUAAAAAUGUCACAGACUGUGACUGGGAGUAUCUACAAACCCUGCGGACCUUGCAAGCUCCUCAUGAGCCCAUCCCUCGCUUCAUCGAUGUGCUGGAAUACCUCAGACAACCAGGCCGAGAGCACAUCUGGGUCUUGCUUGACAUCAAGCUCACCCAAGACCCAGACGCUAUCAUGAAGGGAAUCGCACAAGCCACCCAAUCAGUACCCAUAGCCGCCAUCGGACCCGACUGGCACCGUCGUAUUGUAGCCGGCACCUGGAACGGACGGUUCAUUUCGGCCGCCACAGAGCAUCUCCCCCGUUAUUCGCUGUCUCUUAUCUGCGCAGACCCCAGCUAUGCUCGUCAGUUCCUCGAGGUGCCUCGUGUCGGUUUCAACAUCAAUCAAAAGGUCCUGAUGGGUCCCUUGGGCAAGGGAUUCAUCGAGGAAGCUCGGGCUGCCCGUCGUCAAAUCUACGUUUGGACGGUGGACGAACCUAAUUUAAUGAGGUGGUCCAUCGAACACGAGGUUGACGGUGUUGUUUCCAAUGAGCCCGGUCGGUUCCACGAAGUCUGCGACGACUGGGAGAGGGAACACUCGGACCUGAAGGCUGUCCCACAGAAGACCCGUAUCUCUCUCAAGCAGCGGAUGGAGGUAUUGGCCAUUGCCUUGUACAUCAAGUGCUUUGGUUGGUACUACCGGCGCAGGUACCUCAGUCCUAUUGAGCGAGUUGAUCUCCAUGCACAUAAGCUUGGAUAG